CUUGCUCGAGAUCAGACGCUUUUCACGGGGUGAGAGAGGGGAGGUACAGUAGAGAGAGAGAGAGGGAGAGGGAGAGAGAGAGAGACUCAGAUUGGGGCAGUUAAUAAGACCCAUUUGGAGCCAGGAGGAGACCCGGAGCGCGCAGGAGCCGCAGCCAGAGGCAGAUCAUCAUUAUAGGGUCAGCAGUCACAAUCACACAGACAGAGAGAGAGUCAGGGAGAGAGACAGAGUCAGAGAGAGAGAGAGAGGGAGAGAGCGCAUUGCUCCACACAGGGAGAAAAAAAACGCAGACACGGAAGAGGAGUGAGUGAGAGAGAGAGAGAGAGAGAGAGACGGAGUGAGGGACGGACGGACGGCUGCGCGCACAACUUUUACUCUGCUGGAUAAAAACAGUUAAAGAAGGAGAAAGAAGAAAAAGAUACGAGGGGAGAGAAAGAUGCCGCGGGUAGUCCCGGACCAGAGGAGCAAGUUUGAGAAUGAGGAGUUUUUCCGCAAGUUGAGCAGAGAGUGUGAGAUUAAAUACACCGGAUUCAGAGACCGACCUCAUGAUGAGAGACAAGCCCGCUUCCAGAACGCCUGCAGGGAUGGACGCUCAGAAGUAGCCUUCGUGGCGACAGGCACCAACCUCUCCCUCCAGUUCUUUCCUGCCAACUACCACGGAGACCAGCGGCAGGUUCCCACCAGGGAGUACGUGGACUUCGAGAGGGAGACGGGGAAGGUUUACCUGAAGGCUCCGAUGAUCCUGAACGGCGUGUGCGUGAUCUGGAGGGGCUGGAUCGACCUGCAGCGGCUGGACGGGAUGGGAUACCUGGAGUACGACGACGAGCGGGCGCAGCACGAGGACGCCUUGGCUCAGGCGGCGUUCGAAGAGGCCCGGCGCAGAAACCGAGAGUUCGAGGACAGAGACCGAUCGCACAGAGAGGAGGAGCCUGUGGUUUCUAAAAUCUGGGACUGAUGACACACAGACAGACAGCCAGCAGAAAGAACAGGUCCAGACGACAGCAGGACCCCAGCCCUGGCUCAAACAUGGCCAACACUGACGUGGAACACAAGAUGCGCUGAGGAAGACGAGGAUGAAUGAAGAGACACGGGGGGGUUCGGGCACGGCGACGACCCCCCAGGACCCGCAGUCACGUCACUUUUCACACCCAAAAACAAGAAAAGAAGAAAAGUCUCAGUCAGGAUCAGUCAGUUGGUCACACUUGAAAAUCUUUGAUAUUUUUCGUCCUGGUCUAAAAACAUUGAAGGAGUCGGGUUGGUUUCAAAUUCCAAAACAAGUUUUACUAUUAAUACAAGAUGUUGAAAACAGAGAGAGAGAGAGAGAGGGAGGGAGGGAGGGAGGGAGGAGUGCAGCGCUUCACAUUGGUCCGCGACCUCGUCGUUUCCUAAAACCUGCUGUUUUCUGAGACCAGAGUUCACUUUGCUGGAGGAGAGCGAGACGUGGCGAGAGGGAAACACUCAGAGUGAGGGACUGGCUCGGCCCGGUCCGUUUGGUCGUCUGGAAUUUCUUCUAAGUAGAAACUAAAGAUUCGGCGCUAAGAAUAAAUAAAUGAGUUACCAGACAGAAUUUCUUUACUCUUUGUGUGUAGUUUAGAAUACGACAGAAGCACCCUCAUACUUUCUUUUUUUUUUUUUUUGCUACAUAUUUUCUUUCAAAACAUCAGUACGAAAAAUCCCGUCGAGGUGGCGCUGUCCUUCCAGGGUCGACUCGGACAUCCUCUGUCUUCUGCCAUGUUUUGCACUAUGUGACCGUCAGUCUGCGUGUCGCCGCCCGGUGAGGAGUGACUGGGUGAUUCUGCUCAGGCGUUCUGACCGGCCGCCCGCCUGCAGACAGGCAGAGCGUCUGAUUCUCGUGUUUUCCACGUCCCUCGCCUCGCCUCGCCUCGCCUCGCCUCGCAUCCUUCCUCUGUUGUUUUCUCUCUGCAUGUUUUACCUUCGAUCAGCUGCAGCAGCGUCAGACCUCCGCAGCACUCAGUCGGUGAGCUGCAUGUUCUCCCUGAGCGUGCAUGGCGUCUCAGAGUCCUGAAGCAUGCACUGACGCGACCUCUGCAGGAUCAGGUCGCCUCAGUUUUGCAGAAUCACCCAGAAAUUCCUCCUAAAGCAGUAAAAUCUGCGGUUCAGACCCUCGUGCAGUGAAACCCUUGGUUUUGUUUCGUCUGGUUUUCUGAUGGUGUGAAAAAGUCACGAUGUUUACUUUUUAUAUGACUUCUGAUCUGUUCUUUUGUUCGUCUGAGUUUCAGCUUCGUCUGGAAGCAGCAGCAGCGUUAGGCUCUUCUGUGUUUUUAAAAAGACUAAACGUCUCCAGAGGUUUGUGAGGUUCGACGACUCAUGUCGCUUUUAUUUUUCCACGUUGCUUCAAUGUUGUGAUUCUGGAUGUUUUUGCUUUCUGAGGCCGUCCACCUCCAGGCCUUCACGCAUCCAGUGUGGAUCGACUCCAGUCGUGUUCGUCAGGCAACAGAAAAUGUUUUUAUAUUUUGCAGCUAGAAGCUUAUUUCUUUUUCCAGUGUGUUUUUUUAUUUAGUACAUUCAACGGUUUUAUUAUUAUGAUUAUUAUAACCACAGAAAAGAACACGCCCCUCCCUUUUUUCUUUUCUUUUCUUCUCAAUCUGAGUUAUUAAGAAUUGUACUGAGCUGUACAUAAACUAUGAAACAGGGUUUUUCUUUUUUCUUUUUGUACAUUGGGAGCAUUGUUUUGUAGCACUUGACAUGAAGUUACGGCGUAAAGACAAUUCGAAAUGGAAAUAAAGAAACAGUCAACACAAUAAUUAGGUUUCAACUCUUAAAUUAUGUGAAAUGCAGUGUGUAAGGGGUCGGUUUCAGUUGCAGCUGAAUACUGAUGUUACGGGAAUCAGAGGAAGGGUUCAUGUGUUCAUGAAUUCAUGUCUUCGGAUCAGACCAGGUAGGAAGCAGGUGGAGAGAAGCGGCUCGGUGAAACGUUGUUCGAUGGUUCACUGAAGAGUUGAGAUGCAGUGAGGAGGUGUGAAAGAGGAUAAAGGUGUGUAUUCUCACAAAUGAGCUGGAUUUAACCGAACAUGUUGUGGAAGUUGCCCUGAGGGCAGGAAGAGGCCGAAACACUUUAACAUGGUUCCCUGUUUCUGUCGCAUUUCACUUUUUUGAUGGAAUUUAACUCGGAUUGGAUUAAGACGUCUCAUUUGGUUGUUUCAUGUCAAAUUUGGUCUUUUUUUCUUUUUUCGUUAAAUCCAGAGAAUUAACCGGAUGUGGUGCAGAUGUAAAGACGCCAGCGUUUCCUCUCAGUUCGUCCCUCAGUUUUCUUAAUGCAGGCAUUAAGGCAAACCAGAAAACACAAAGACUUCCCUUCUUUUUUAACCUCAGCUGUUUCUUUCCUUUUUUCUGUUUAAGUUAUUUAUACAGUUCUGUUCCGUGUAGUGGCUUGAGUUGUUCCUCCUGAUCGUGUGUGUUUGUAUGUGUGUGUCCUGUUUUCAGGGUUUUAGGCUCUUUGGAAUCUAAAACAUGAGAUUCACUUCAAAAUGUUGGAUGUCUUUUUUUUCAUAAUAAACUUGUAACAAUUCUA